AUCAAAGCUCGUGCUCAGAUGGACAACAUGGAGCACAUUCUUGAUGUCCUUGGUUUGUAGAACUUACACGUUUGGCUCGUUUCAUCACUAACCAGGAUUUUUCGCAGAGCUUCGCCAAGUUAAAGGACGUGACAUUGGUCAUCUCUCCGGAGGAGAGCUUCAGCGAUUCGCCAUUGGUCUGGUCUGCGUCCAAAAGGCCGACGUUUACAUGUUUGACGAACCGUCGUCUUAUCUUGAUGUCAAACAGCGUCUCGCUGCCGCCCGUACAAUCCGAGAGCUUCUGCGACCCGACGACUAUGUUAUCGUUGUUGAGCACGAUUUGGCUGUCCUUGACUACCUUUCCGAUUUUGUUUGCGUGCUUUACGGAAGGCCUGCAGUUUAUGGUGUGGUCACAUUGCCCUCUUCGGUCCGUGAAGGUAUCAAUAUCUUCUUGGAUGGUCAUAUCCCGACUGAGAACCUUCGGUUCCGAGAGGAAUCUCUCACCUUCCGUCUCGCCGAGGCAGGUGAUGACUUCAUGGUUAACAGAGACCGUGCUUUCAGCUAUCCAGCCAUGGAGAAAACUCUUGGUAACUUCCACUUGAAGAUUGAUGCCGGCAACUUCACGGACUCGGAGAUUGUCGUCAUGAUGGGAGAGAAUGGUACCGGCAAGACCACUUUCUGUAAGAUGCUCGCUGGCGCCGAGAAGCCCGAUAACAAUGUCUCGGUGCCCAAGUUGAACAUCAGCAUGAAGCCUCAGAAGAUUACCCCCAAGUUCCAAGGCACUGUCCGUCAGUUGUUCUUCAAGCGUAUCAAGGCUGCUUUCUUGUCGCCACAGUUCCAGACCGACGUCUACAAGCCCCUUAAGAUCGACGACUUCAUUGACCAGGAGGUCCAGAACCUGUCUGGUGGUGAAUUGCAGCGUGUUGCUAUCGUCCUGGCUCUCGGAAUUCCCGCCGACAUUUACCUGAUCGAUGAGCCUAGUGCUUAUCUCGACUCCGAGCAGCGUAUCGUGGCUGCGAGGGUCAUUAAGCGUUUCAUUAUGCACACCAAGAAGACCGCUUUCAUUGUCGAGCACGAUUUUAUCAUGUCUACUUAUCUUGCUGACAGAGUCAUUGUUUUCGACGGCAAGCCUUCCAUCGAUGCGCACGCCAACGCGCCCGAAUCUCUGGUUACCGGCUGCAACAGUUUCUUGCAGAGCCUGGAUGUUACCUUCCGUCGUGAUCCCAACAGUUACCGCCCUCGUAUCAACAAGUACCAGAGUCAGAUGGACCAGGAACAGAAGUUGAGCGGCAACUACUUCUUCCUGGAGGAAGAGAAUUGAAAAGGUUGUCCCAGGGAAGCAUGACCGCGACCGUCGUAGAGAUUAUGAUGAUCGCGACUCCCAUCGGCGGCAAGAUCGACGUCGCGGGAAACGGAGGGACCUUCGGUUAGUGGCGUUUUUCGGCGUUACCAAGGCUUCAACUCAAACUAGGCGGCGCCGUCUUCGUGGUGUGCGCCCUCUUGGUGAUAUGG